UUUUGGGCUUACGAUCAAUUUUUCAUUGUUUAGUGUUUUCGUGGUGAUAUCGUUGUUAUUGUAGUAGUUCCAGCUGCAUUUAUUUAAAAUGGGUGCUUUAACGAGUAGACAAAAUGCAGGCGUAGAAGAAGCUGAUGUCGUGUCCAAUCAUGCUUAUAAAUAUCCCCCGAGAUCGGGUAAUUACUUUGGAAGCCAUUUUAUAAUGGGUGGUGAGAGGUUUGAUACUCCACAACCAGAAGCCUAUUUGUUUGGUGAAAAUGCUGAUCUUAAUUUUCUUGGCAGUAGACCAACACCAUUUCCUUAUCCACCACCUCAAUCAAACGAACCAACAAAAACUUUAAGAAGCCUGGUUAACAUUCGUAAAGAAUCACUAAGGUUUGUGCGCUGUCCAGAGCCAGUUGGAAAGCUGAGUGAUACAAAUAAGAUAGAUGGAGCCCUCAAGCCAGUUAAUUGUAAUACAAAAGGGACAUACUAUAAUAUAGAGUUCACUUUCGAUAGUGAUGUUAGAUGCGCUAUAACGGUUUUCUACUUCUGCACUGAGGAAGUCACUCCUACUGGAAUUGUUUAUUAUCCACGAGAUCCAUCAAUGACGUCACAGACAUACCACUAUAAGAAGGGUGCUAAUCAGCAGUUCUGUCAAAUUUCACAUGUGUUUGACCCUUCUAAAUAUCCAGAGGAGGAUUUAGUGUAUAACGCUGACAGGGAGAUCAUUCCGAUAGCUAUAUAUUGUGUGGUGGAUGAGGGACAAGAUGAAAUUCGACAAUCUCAUACAACAAUAGCAAUUGUGGAAAAACAUUCCGAUGGAACAUAUGUGUUGAAAGCUCUGAAGCAGAAACUAUUUGUUGACGGUCUGUGCUAUUUGUUGCAAGAAAUUUACGGUAUUGAAAACAAAAAUUUGGACACUAAGCCAACAUCGGAUGAAGAGACAGAAGACGGUGGUUCCGAGUGUGUAAUAUGCAUGUGCGACGUCCGUGAUACACUGAUAUUACCCUGCCGCCAUCUUUGUCUCUGCAACUCGUGUGCAGACUCGCUACGGUACCAAGCGAACAACUGCCCGAUAUGUAGGGCGCCGUUCCGCGCCCUGUUGCAGAUUAGGGCGCUGCAGCGGAUUACUAAUUCGCCCACGUCGCCAGCUCUGCUGCCCGCUGCUAGUCCACCUGAUGGCAGCAUGGAGAACAUCCCCGCGGGCUACGAGCCGGUGUCGCUGAUAGAGGCGCUGAACGGUCCCCGGCCGCGUGCCAACCCGGCGCCGCCCGCCCCCGCCCCCGCGCCCGCGCCCCUCGCCCCGCUGCCGCCCCUCGCCCCGCUCGCCCCCGCUAUAGCCAGCCCCGAUACGGACACGUCGCAAGCGGCGGAGGUGCUGAACCGCUGCGUUGUGGAGCGCAGCUCGUCCACCAGCCUCGCCAGCCGCCGCAGCAGCUCGGUGGACAAGCGGGACAGGCACGCGCCGCUCACACCCGAAUUUCGUAUGUCGGUUCUGCUGGCACGUGAACAAGGAGGUGCGCUGUAUUCCCACAGCAGCAGUGUGCCCGAACAUCUUGCCAACUGCAAGAGCUCCCUAAACUCCGUACACCGCUCUGAAGAGGAGAGCUGCUGUUCCGGCGAAGUUGUGAGGAGCGACGCGGGGGAGGAGGUCGAGGAGGAGGGGGAGGGAGGGGAGGGGGAGGGGGAGCCCGAUAGCGAAACCGAGAGGAGGUCGCCGCUAUUGACACACGUGCAUAAUGGGAUAGUGAAAUCGAACGGAGCUAUACGCACGGGCGCUGCGGGCGCGGGAGCAGAGGGGGCACCUGCACUUGCUCAUAUCGAUGAUGAUGAGCCUGAUGUACAACAUUCGGAAGGCCCGCGGCCGGACGCCGAGUCGCCGGCGGUCGCCGAGGACUCGGACUAUUUCACGCCGGAGGACACUAACACGACCAUACUCACUGUGCCCAAGCCGAAUGCAGAAAUAGUACCCAAGAUGGCGGGCGAAUGCGCGCCACAGCGUUGGGCUUUGCCGCAUCAUGUUACAUCAUUACCUGGUACCCCCUUAUCGCAGUCCAGCGUACGUUCGUCCGGUGACUCGUACAGUUCAACAUCAUCUACCCGUCAGUUGCUAACCGCCGCUCCACUCACGGCUGACACUCCUUGUUAACAUACAUACAAAAUAUACGCUCUUCCACUAUGAGAUAUAUGUGUAAAAAUACAGAUUAUAUUAUAUAGUCUUAAGUUUUGACAGUUGGUCAUUUUCUUUAUCUGUACGUAGUUUAUAAUAAUAUAUUCAUCUAUGCAUAUUAUAGGACAGAGGGAGGUUUUUAUUUUCUUUAAAAUGUAAUGUACAUAAAGAGGUAAAUUUUAUUGAUAUUGCUUCUGAAGCAAUUAUAUUUUAUUUUAUACGUUAUGGUUUAAAACAGAGUAGGACAACUGAUAACAAUACUAUUUUCUUUGUUUUGGUUUUUUCCUUUUGUAUUACUUCCAAUUUAUAAAGGAAGGAAUUAAAACUUUUUAUUCAGCGCACCGUAUUCAUUACAACGAGCGCCAUCUCUUCAAAAAUUGCGUUAUUUUUAAGUUAAUAGUGAUACAUCUAGAGAAUAGCAUUAAAUUCAUAAUUUUAAUAUUAAUGUAACAAAAACUGUCGUUUAUGAUCGAAUGUUAAUUUCCCAAAAUUGAGCAGCAUUAAGUACAGAAAAUUCUCUUAGAUAACAUUAACAGUUUAAUAUGAGGGGUGUAGAAUCAAACGCAGCUAGUUGCUUGCCAUACAAAAAAUAACAAAUCAUUUUUUUUCGUUUUAUUUCUGUAAUGUUUCAAUAAUUGUAAAAUGUUUUUGUACCUUGAAUUUUUUUAUUAAAAUAAGCAUCAAGUUAAUCGAUUGUAGUGAUGUAGUGAUCCACGCUGUAGUGAUGUGACAAAUAAAUAUUUUUUAUCGACUACCUAUCGAUCAAAUAAAGUUAAUGUACUCGUUAUUGUAAAAUAGUAAGCAGUUAACUAUUUCGAAAAAUAAUUUAAUAGAUUAAACAAAUAAAACAAAUACCAUAUUUUUGCACUUUUAUUCAGAAUCAUGAUAAUACAAAUAAUGUGAUAGCUGGUAAUGUAGUCGUACAAAUUAGGCAUUUUGGUACAUCCUAAAAGUGCCUAAAACGACAACAAGGGAGAUUCAUCACGAGGUUCACAAGUGAGCUCAUCGUCACGCUCAACAUCAAUUUCUUCAAGAGACUCUGUGAAAAGAACGUUUACGUAGGCAAAUGUUUUCCAGUCAUUGCUGAAAUGCUUUUGUAGCAAUGUAUUGACGUCUGACAGUUUUGCGGAUUUUACGUUUAUUAGACCAGUAUUUAUUUUGGUCGGGUUAAUGUCGAAGAUUUGCUUGUUAUUUUUGCAUGCGUUUUGACAAACCCCAGUUUCAGACUUAUAAAAAAGUUCGCCUUUUAUUUCCCAUGUCGCUUCGAACGUUUUAUCAAAAAAAUCUCUUACAAAGAGUAGCUUUGAAUGGCAAGCUGUUAGUGGGUUUCAUAACUGACUGCACCGCCGUUAUCCAAUCAAAAACAUCGACUGUAUCUAAUUUCACAAUAGUUGCAUGGUGUUUAAUAAUUUCUAUAUACUGUUCUGGUGGUAUAAUGACCUCACUUUUACCUCUUAGAUCCUUUUCAAUGUUGCCAAAAACACGAUCAGCGGGCAUGAAGGAAUGCCCUGUGUCUGGAAAAACGACUUCUAUAGAUUUUCUUUGCGGUUUUGAUAGAAUCCAUUUCGAGAGCAUCCCGAGAAGUAUGGUAUUUUUGAUUUGUCAUACGCAUCCAUCAGCAACCAAUCGAAUUCAAGAGAUUGUGGUCAAAUCUGUUUUAUUUAGAGUUUAGACGAUCAUACACCACAGACGCUAUUUCAUUGGAACCUUUAGCGUGAACGUCCUCAGUCCAUACGUAGCUAAAAACGUUGUUUUUCGUGAGUGGAUCCUUUGAACUACCUUCCACAACGGUUUCAUUGUACAAGUAUAAUUGUCUGCUAUAAUAGCAGCUUUGAUCAGGCACCUUCGGUAGCGGUAGGUUUUUCUAACAAUCAAACGACACUGUCUUCAAGCCUUUUUCUUUUUCUUUGAGCAGCGAGUAGAAAGCAUUAGCCCUCAGACGAUGAACCCUUUGAUGUAUUCUCAAAUCAUUUGUUUUGAUUCAUCGUUUUCGUUUUUAAAAUUUUCAGCAAACUGUAAACAGGUCGAGCAUACAUCUGUUCGUGGAUUGCCGAAACCCAGGUUAAAGUGUGUAUUGAAAAUUGAGCGGAAGUAAGACCUUUUGAUCGACGUUAGACCAGUUUUAUCAAUGAACAUUCUAUAUAGCCUGUUUAUGUUUAAUGUGCUGGGCAAAUAGCGUCUUGUGAUGCUACUGCCGCGGCAAUAAUGAGUUUCUGAGAAUGGAAACGAAUUCAGAAAUGUUUUUAUACUAUUUUGCUUGCUUGUGGGCAUAUAGGUGAAUUUUAUGGACACCACCUCUUCGCUCGACGGGCCCUGUGCUGUGGCGAAAGAAAUUUGCGACAACGCACUGUACACUAUACUUUGUAAUGUUGAAACACUUCAAGAAUGUGUUUUGACAGAGACACAAGCUUUUUUUUCGCGGGUAUAUGAUAUUUGAUUGUGAACUCACGACCUUUCCUUGAAGUAUUGUCCUUUUCGCGCCGUUGAACAGGUGGAAUACCUAUUAUAUUACAACAUUUCUCUUGAGUUAAUUUGUCCUUUUUUUAUAAAACGCUGAAUGAAAACUUUGAAGAUCUAUUAAUUUUAAUGUCUUGCUUUUUAGAUUUUUCUCGUGCUUACAGGUUGGCUUAUGUGGCAACUGCUUUGGUGAAUUUUUAUAUGUACAGUGUCGAAUGGCAAAAAAAGAGAGCUACCACACGCUCACGUUUUAAUUUGGUUGAAAGAUAAAAUUCUGCCUCAUGAUGUAGAUCAUGUAAUUAGUACCGAAUUUCCUGACCCAAAUGUAGAUCCUGUAUUAUGUAUAUGAAAUCGUUCAAUAUGGUACAUGGACCCUGUGGCGCACUUCAUUCUCACUCUCCUUGCAUGCAAAACGGUCGCUGUACUAAACGAUAUCCAAAAUCGUUAGUGGACCAAAUUAUAACAGGUCAUGACGGAUGUCCUUUAUAUCGGCGCUGUUCGCCAAGUAGUGGUGGAUUUACAGCUGAAAAAAGAGUUCUUGGCCAACAAAUCACUUUAGAUAACAGGUGGGUCGUGCCAUAUUCUCCAGCAUUAUCUAGAGCUUUCGGAGCACAUAAUAUAAAUGUUGAAUGUAUGUGUAUUGAAUCUAUUAUGUAUAUAUGUAAAUAUAUUAACAAAGGUAGUGACCAAGCGUCAUUUGCACUAAGAAAUUACGAACGCGAUGAGGUAGCUAAAUAUCAAUCGGGACGGUACAUUAGUUCGUCAGAAGUGUGGCGAAUUAUUAAGUUUUCCAAUACACGAGCGACAUCCACCUGUAAUGCAUCUCGAUAUUCACGCAGAGGGAUGUCAAAGUAUAUAUUUCAAUCCAGAAAAUGUAGCCGAGCGUUUAGUAAAUCCAAGACGUACAACUCUUAUAGCAUUUUUUGAAUUGUGUAGCACUGAUAGCUUUGCCAAAAGUACUCUAUUAUGAGAUUCCCGCAUAUAUUACACAUACGAUAAACAACGUGGAGUAUUUAACCGUCGUCGACGAGGCUCCCUAGUAGAUGGCGAACCUCGAGUUUAUAAGGAACAUGUAAUAGAAAGAGUACUGUACAGUGUACAUCCAAACAAUUUUGAAUGUUUUUAUUUGCGCCUAUUAUUACAUACAGUGCGUGAACCAACAUCAUUUACUGACUUACGAAAAGUUGACGAUAUUUUAUAUCCUUCUUACCAUGCAGCUUGCCAAGCUCGACACUUACUCGAAAAUGAUCAGCAUUGGGACGAUGCUUUAGCAGAAUCAUGCGUCAGUAAUAAGCCCACUUAAGGAAUCAAAACAAAAUUGUAGUUGCUUCCUCGGGGAUAGCAGCGAUUUUGUUACCAGAAGGAAAAACAGUGCAUACGAUGUUCAAAAUACCAAUAGAAAAAACCUUAAACCUUGACCGCACGGAAAACCCAGUAUGUGGUAUUACUAGAAACAGUGACAAAGCGCCGGGAGUGUAGUUUAAUCAUCUGGGACGAGUGCAUUAUGGCUCACAAAAAAGCCAUAGAGGCAGUGGACAGGACUCUGAGGAACUUCAGGCACAUAGACCAACCCAUGGGCGGAUUAACUGUUCUUUUUUGUGGCGACUUCAGACAAAUUCUACCGGUGAUACCACGAGGAACACGAGCUGAUUAAGUCAGAGCUUGCCUUAAAAGGUCGAGUCUAUUUAACAACAAAAAUGCGGGUGAGACUCGGAGAUGACCCACAUGCACAACAAUUUUCAAAUAUAUUAUUAAAAAUAGGCGAGGGAACUUUUCCAAAUGAUGAAGGAAAAGUAGCUUUAAAUGAUGAGUUGUGUUGUACUGUUUCGUCCCUGCAAGAGCUAAUAUUUGCGGUUUACGGAGACUUACGUAAAUUUGUUUACGGAGACUUAAGCAGCGUUACGCAUCAGCACAAUACUUGGUUAUGCAAAAGGUCCAUUCUAACUCCUCGGAAUGACCAAGCAUCUGCAAUAAAUAAUGGUCAGAUAUUCAAGGAGAAAGUCGAGAGUAUAUCUCUAUUAAUAGAAUGAUGGAUCAAGAAGAGUCCACUAAUUACCCCAUAGAAUUUUUAAAUUCAUUAAAUGUUUCUGGACGUCCUUCACAUAUAAUUAAGUUAAAAAUCGGCGUUCCUUUUAUUCUUCUUCGUAAUUUAAGUCAUCCGAGUGGUGCUUUCCCCGAAGUGUUUUAAUCCCUCGAAUACCAUUGAUUCCAAACAAUUUUCCUGUAGCUUUGUGUUACGCCAUGAGAAUAAAUAAGGCUUAAGGUCAGACCCUAGAAGUUGCUGGCGUACAUCUUACCGCGAGUUGUUUUUCACACGGCCAACUAUACGUAGCUCUUUCCUGUGUGAGUAGUCCAAGAAAUCUUCAUAUUCAUAUUCCGGACGAGCUCACUAACAAUGUUGUGUAUGCUGAAGCUCUCAACUAAAUUUCUGUCGCAUUGUCACGAUCACUUUUUUAUUUUUGCUUUUCGUCACUGUCAGUAAUUUAGUGCUACAUGCUACUUAUCGAAAUUACUAUGAAAAAAAUACUUACUACAGAAUGCGAGCUCAACAGCAGUAGCUCAAUAGAGGGAUCUCCUUAAUUAUUAUAGGCUAGGCCCAUAGAAAUCUAAAUAAUGCCUAGCCGUAUUUGGGUCCAAUAGAUAUUUAUAAGAUGUCAUUGUCAGAGUUACUCAAAAUGUAGAAAUAAACCAUCUACGCGAAGACCCACAUCCGCGGGGACGGAGUCGCGGGCGGAAGCUAGU